UAGGUCUCGGCAAAGGGGAGGGUUGGGGAACUGGUGAGGAAGAAGGUGGAGGGACGUAGUUGGGAAGUAAGAAAGAAAACGCAUUGAACGAAGACGUUUUCGCUUCACCAACCUCCACCCGCGUUGGCGUUCGCAACCAAUAAACAAAGCUGCUGGGCGCGUGUGUGGAUUUUUGUUCUUCCUCGAGAAAGAUGGCUCAGCGGGUCCGUCGAAAUGGCUCACCAACCAGCUCAAUGAGCGGUAGUGGUAAUAGUGGUAGUAGUGGGGGAGGAGGGAGUAAUAAUGGUGGUGCUAAUAAUAGUAGCGGUAGUGGUAGCGGUGCUGGCCGGCCUCAGCCCAUGAGGGCCACCGUGCCGUUUCAGUUGAAACAGGGCAGCCCGACGAGGUGUGCUGGUGGAGUGGGGAGGCAGCAGCAGACGGCCCCCUCGCGGAGCAGCCCCACCAGGACGCAGCAGGCGGCCACAGUCACCUCGCGGAGCAGUCCCACCAGGACGCAACAGCAACUGCACCAGGCGGCGGCGGUAGCUGCCGCCGUCACCACCACCACAUCUCCUUGCUCUUCGCCCACCCGUCUUUGGACCUCGGGGGCAGAUUCUUCACGGGUCAGACACAGGAAAUCUCCAGAACAUAAGGGCUCCCCAGAACGUAAGAGCCCCAACUCUCCUGUUUGCAAAGUUGACAGAUCUCGUCAGUCUCUGGUGAGCCCUUCCAGUAAUAUCCGCCGAACAUCAUCAUUGGAUACACUUGCAGCUCCCUACCUCACUGGUCAGUGGCCACGCGAUGUGCACAGCCAUUCUGCUCCUUGCGUGAGAGAUAAAGCUACUCAGACUCCAAGUGCCUGGGCUGAAGAGAGCUCUGAAAAGAGGAAGGGAUCCCACAAACGCUCUGCAUCCUGGGGAAGCAAUGACCAGUUGAAAGAGAUCGCGAAAUUGCGCCAACAGCUUCAAAGGAGCAAACAGAGCAGUCGACACCACAGAGAAAAAGAGAGACAAUCUCCUUUCCAUGGCAACCAUGCGGCAAUUAUCCAAUCACAGGCACCCAUUCCAAAGACUGUGCUUAUUCCAGUGGCAAUUCCUAUUUCAAAGUCGACCGUUUCCCGAUUCCGUAACAGUGUUGAGGGUCUUAACCAAGAGAUUGAGCGGAUUAUUAUCAAGGACAGUGGAGACAAAGAAGAACAGAUGAUGAUUCCACAAGAUACUCCAGAUGGUCAUCGUGCUCCGUUUCCUGUACAGCAGCGAAGCAGUAGUACCCGCAGUAUUGACACUCAAACCCCAUCAGGAAUGGACCGGAGCAGUACCAGCAGCAGCCGAUCCCAGUCUGUUUCACCAACAUUCCUCACGAUCGCCAAUGAAGGCAGUGGAGAGAGCCCAUGCUAUAUUGAAGAUCUGCUAACGGAUAGCCGAGAGAAAGAAAGUGGAACUAGCUCUCCAUUACCUAAGUAUGCCUCCUCUCCGAAACCAAACAAUAGUUAUGACUUCAAACGGGAACCACCAGAAGGCUGCGAGAGGGUGAAAGCCUUUGAGGAAACUUCACCAAAGCAGCUGCACGAGAUUCCUCAAUUCUUCUGUCCAGAUAAAAAUAAAGUGAACUUUAUCCCAAAAAGUGGCUCAGCUUUCUGUCUGGUCAGUAUCUUGAAGCCUCUCCUGCCCACGCAAGACCUUACUCUGAAGGGCUCCAAUCACGGUCUCAUAGUUCCUGCUGCAGUCAUACCUACAGUAUCACUGGCACAACCUAUUCCUCUGCCAACACACAUGGAGCAAGAUAGAAUUUCAAGGGGAACCUGCAUGGGCCACCUGCAGGCAUCAGUACACCAGCAGUCAGCGCAGACUGAAGAGUUGGAGAAAUGAUCCAGUGAAGCGGGCCUUCGCUGGGAAGACCUACAACAAAGUCACAUAUCUGCAGCUCUACAACUUGGCAAUAAGGUUUCAAGCCCAGGGAACAGGCAAAGGUGGGCUGGGAACAGGGGAUGUAGGGGUUUAUAAUUAACCCAACAGCAAAAUUAAGUAAUUGCCUUCCAUUAGCAGAGUGUAGACCUUUUCACAAUGGGACGUUGUUCUGCUAUGGUGUAUGAUGUUUGGCAUACUUUUCUUUACAUGUGUAUGUUCCCCCAUUCAGGCAAGGACUAAUCUGUGGAAGGCUACAGCUUUGAACAAGGCAAUUGGACAGAAUUUUACUUGAAAGGACUACAACUGUCACUAUUUACCCCCUCUUUUGUGGAGCCUUAUCUUUUAUGGUUCCUGUUCUGUUUACAUUUAAAUAAAGAUUUUAUAUAUAUAUAUAUAUAUAUAUAUAUAUAUAUCUAUCUAUAUAUAUAUAUAUCUAUAUAUCUAUAUAUAUAUAUAUAUAUAUAUAUAUAUAUUAUAUACAAGGUUAAUAUUUCCAAGUUAAUCAAAGGCAAUUGAAAGCCUGCUUUACACUAGUGCAACACUUGAGUGCUACAGUAGUUCUGUUCUCAGGAAAUUUUCCUCAUUUCAUUUGUGCUGAUCUACAUUUGCUGUAUUAUUGGCCAAUUUCACAUGAGAAAGCCUAACCUGAUAAAGUGAAGAUCUCUCAGACAGGCCAUUACGCUGUAUGGAGUAUUGCUCUUAUGUCCAUAUUAAGACAGUAGCAGUAAUAGAAGUGGAAGCAGCGAUAGUGAAUGAAACAGUAUUAAAGCUUUUCAUUCUCUAUGCCCCUCUUGCCCUUUCUUAUCUUCCACUGAAUGUUGACUGCUGUGAUCAUACCAAUGUAAGCUGAGCUUGUGGGUUAUUGUUGCUCAAUAAUAUUUUGUCUCUCCCCACUGCCUGUAAUGAUGCCCAUUAUUGUGCUUUUGCUUAAAACUAUUCAGUGUACUGUGCCCUAAUGGAAUUUAUUUUUGUCAUGCUAUUCAGCCACAAUUUUAAAUCCAAAUGUUGAAAAUUUAAGGUGUUGAUUUUAUUUUUGGCAAUUGGCUGCAAACAAGCACCCCGAUACGUUAAAAAGCUUAAUAUUCUUGGGGGAGUGAGAAAAUAUUUGCACCUUUCUCAAAAUGUGCUGUUUUAUAGUGUGUCUGUACCCUUCUACAUCCUGCCUCCCCUUUCUACUACUACAACCUUUUAUUUGGAGGAUGUUCAGAGUGGGGGGGGUGGGGGGAACCAAAUCAAUUUCACUAUUUAUUGAACAAAGCCAUUUUUGUAUUAUAAUGUUGAAAUUAACUUUGGUUAUAAAGGUUGAGAAUGUGGGAAAUUUAACCUUGAGUGUGAAGUUCGCCUACGCUCUCGCCUCCUUAUUGAUCACUAAAACAUUUCCUCUUCAGAUGGUUGAAGCACUCUAGGCUCAUUAACUCAUUAUCUGGAUUGACAUUUUCCCAAGUAAGGGAAAGUGCAGCGAGUCCAGAUCAAAUGUGAUUUAAUUAAAUGGCAUAACAGGCCUGAAGAGUUCAUAGACGGGCUCCUGUUCCUACAAUUUGGGUGAGGAUCAGUUUUUCUAAAUUGUUUUUACACACUGUUUGGUAAAAUGUAUGUCCCAUCCUGUUGAUUAGUAUGAAGAGGUUGGCACUGAGUCACCACUUCUGUUUUCUUUUAAUUUGUGUUCAUUUCUACCUCAGCUUUUUGGAUUGUAUAUUCAUGCAUGUUGUAACUGAAGGUGCACGCAUGGAAGGCGAUUAUGCAUUUGUGAGAACGGGAGAUGCACUGUCUGGUUGCACUGCAGAAUUUGCAUGCUCCUUGUUGACAGGCAUAUGGUGUGUGCAACCUUGAAUUUGGGAGGGAUCCCUUCCUUUCACAUAUUCAGGAAGUACUGACUUCAAUAGGCAGAGACAUUGCAGGAAGUAUGCUUUUUCUUCAUAGAUCAUAAUAAUCUCACAGCCUGUGAGAUCAAACACGGUGUACUCAAAACCUUUCCUUUUCUUUUAGAAUCUUGCCACCCUUACAAAUGGAACCUCUAUUUUGAAAUUUAUUUUUAAAAUAGCAUUUGUUAUACAGCUUUCAGAGGUUGAGUAUUGUUGACCUAGGCAUUACGUUUUGUUCCAGCUGCUGUAGCAGAUUUAUUGCAGAGCUCUUUUUCAUAUCUUGAAGGUAUGAUUCAAAGUAAGAGGAAUCUACCUUUAUUAAGUAGAUAUUGUAAGUAAGUGUUAGUGACGGCUUGAAUUGAGGUGCAAGUUCUAUUUUGGAAAGAAUACGGUCCGUUAUAGGAUUUUAUCUUGGAGUAAUCUUCAGACCAGUUGCCUUGUGCAAUGAGCUUUGCGCAAUGACUGAGCUUUUGAUAAUGGUGUCUUUCAUCUUGAAUUUAAAACUAUUAAAAAAAGUUGCUCACAGCCCAGGGCAGCCAUGGAAGUGAGAAUUGUGUACUGAUAACGGAGGAAUUAGAGCAAAUUGGAAAAUAUGUGGACUAAAGUUUUGAAAAGGGGUCUCCAUUUCUCCACUGCCUCUGGUGCCUGGAUAUCAUUGCUUUAGCUUAACCUGAAUUCACCUAGUUUGAGUGUGUAUGUGCCAGCAACUCAUUGUCACCUCCUCAGACUGACAGUAGUCUAUCCCAAUAUAAUUUUUUCUUUUUAAAAGUUAACAAUUAAAUGCUUUCCAAUCUUUGGUUUCAAUUUUCGUUUCUCAUGAUUCCUGAAAGAUGGUGUGACCAAUUUCAGAAGCCUACUUCUUUAAGUUCCCUUGUGCUAUAUCAGGUCCAGUGUCAUUUGCUCAUUUUGACUUACUCAGCAUUUUUAUCAAUGUAUCCCUGCGCCUCAUCCCUCAUUCCCUUUCUAAAGAAAGAAGCUUUUGUUCUUUGGAGAUUGCCAAUGCUUUCCUUUUGUGAGCACAGCAAAUAAUCUUUUAUAAUAUUUACUGUUCCCUGAUUACUUGAGUUUAUGUCACCAUUGAGAUUGCUGAUCUCCUGCACGGUUUUUCUGCAUGUUUGCAAAUGUAUUGAUCAGAAUAUUGACAAUUUUAAUAUCCUUUGCUAUCCUGGCCUCCUGUUCUAUUUUUGCUGUGCUCACCAGUUUCUUAGCCUUUCAUUUAUUUGCCUUGUUUUGCUGUGUUGUCUGCAGUUUAUGCUAUAUGAGCUUAAGAACAAGGAGUAACUAUUAGCCCUUCAAAGCCCUUCAAAAUACACCAUAGAGCCUGCCCAAACUGCUGAGUACUUCAACACUUAUAUUUAUGAAGUGUAACUCCCAUACUUUUCACUUCAAACUCCCUUUGGUCGAAAGCUAAUGUUCUAUUAAUUGUUAAUUAAUAACCCAGUGGUUAUUGUUCUCUCCUUUUCCUUUAUUCUUGUACCCCUCCUUUAAAUGUUUUGAAUGUUCUUGUAUCACCAUUUUGGCAUGCACAUUGAUUGCUCCAUUUAAAACAACUGAACGCACUCCUUAAAUGGGUGAGGUUCACUGUUGCUAGGCUCCUCAUGCUGACUCUUGUGAUGUCAAGGAAUCUGUUCUGUGCAUUGCAAUGGACAAGCAAUAAGACAUUCCAAAUGAGUAAAUAAAUGACUACAGGACUGUGUUGGAGUGAAAUGUUUGCUGUAGCUGUUAUUAUAACUGGACCAUUAUAAUGUGGUAAGGAAACUUAUGUGAAAUGUUUGUACAUGCCAGAAAGAACCAGUCACGUUAAUUGAGCAUUUUAUUUCAGUGUUUCACCACUAAAACCUCUCUUCAGUUGGUCACGAAUAGAACAUAGAGCAUAGAACAUUACAGCACAGUACAGGCCCUUUGGCCCUCGAUGUUGUGCCGACCUGUCAUACCGAUCUGAAGCCCAUCUAACCUACACUAUUCCAUGUCGUCCAUAUGCUUAUCCAAUGAUGACUUAAAUGUACCUAAAGUUGGCGAAUCUACUACCGUUGCAGGCAAAGUGUUCCAUUCCCUUACUACUCUCUGAGUAAAGAAACUCCGUCUGACAUCUGACCUAUAUCUUUCACUCCUCAAUUUAAAGCUAUGCCCCCUCGUGCUCGCCGUCACCAUCCUAGGAAAAAGGCUCUCCCUAUCCACCCUAUCUAACCGUCUGAUUAUUUUACAUGUUUCAAUUAAGUCACCUCUCAACCUUCUUCUCUC